UUACAUUUCCACAAGUCAAAACCCUGCUGAUCACGCAACCCGUUCAGUGCCUGCCUCAGACUUGAAAGAUUCUACAUGGCUUUCUGGGCCUGCAUUUCUUUCUCAUCCUGAUUCACAGUGUCUUGAAGACAAUCCAUCAUACGAACUAAUUGGCCCUGAUUCAGAUGUGGAAGUACACUCUAACCGUACAGAUCUGACACUCCAUGAUUUUCCUGUUAAACUUGGCUCACAUCGCUUUGAGCGCUUUUCGACCUGGAAAUGUCUCUUACAAGCUAUAUCCAAUUUAAUUCACAUCAUUCAUUCAUUCAGACUCGAAACGGAGUUAGCAAGUACCUGUAAAAAAUGGCAUCUUUGUGACAAAGCACUCCCAGAGGAACUUUCACAGGCAAAAGUUGUAAUAUUACAAUGUAUCCAACAGGAGAGCUACCGUGUUGAGUUUGCUCGUCUUUCUGAAGGAAAGGAAAUCCAAAAAAACAGUGGACUGAGAACUCUGAACCCCUUCAUUGACCGAGAUGGGCUUCUGAGAGUAGGUGGCAGACUCAAGCAUGCUCCUAUAGAACAAGGAGAAAAGCAUCCUGUUAUCAUUCCUGGGAAAAGCCACAUAGCCCUUCUCAUCACUAGACACUUUCAUGAACGGGUCAAACACCAAGGUCGCCUUUUUACAGAAGGUGCAAUCAGAAAUGCAGGAUUCUGGAUCGUCGGGGCGAGAAAACGCAUUCAUAGUGUGAUCCAUAAAUGCAUCAUCUGUCAGAAACUCAGAGGAAGAAUUGUUGAACAGAAAAUGGCAGAUCUUCCUCCUGAUCGACUAGCUACUGAUCCACCUUUCACUUAUGUCGGCCUUGACGUCUUUGGGCCCUGGAUGGUCGCCUCUCGCCGUACUCGAGGUGGCUUGGCAAACAGCAAAAGAUGGGUACUCAUUUUUACCUGUUUGAGUAUUCGUGCAGUGCACUUUGAGCUGAUUGAUUCUCUUGAUGCAUCUACCUUUAUCAACGCCCUCCGGCGCUUCUUUGCCAUAAGGGGUCCAGCAAAACAAAUCAGAUCAGACUGUGGCACAAAUUUCAAGGGUGCUUGUAAGGAGCUGGGAAUGCUUGCAGAGGAGCUUAGUUUUAGGAGCUACUUGAAUGAGGAAGGAUGUCGUUGGAUCUUUAAUCCCCCUCAUGCAUCCCAUAUGGGAGGAGCUUGGGAGCGACUUAUCGGAGUUGCACGUCGCAUAUUAGACUCCAUGCUACUUCAAAACAGUCACUCUCAUCUCACUCAUGAAAUGCUGGCUACAUUCUUGGCAGAAGUUUCUGCAAUUAUGAACUCAAGACCUCUCGCACCAAUCUCAAGUGACCCAAAUUCACCCGCCCUGUUGACUCCAGCCACUCUUUUGACUCAGAAAGUUGGUGUCUUGUCUCCUCCUCCAGGGGACUUUGAAAAGGAUUUUUGCCGCCAGAAAUGGAAGCAAGUUCAACAACUUGCCAGCACCUUCUGGGAAAGGUGGCGACGUGAGUACCUAGUCAAUCUUCAAAGUCGCCGCAAAUGGCACACGAACCAGCCUAACAUCAGAGAAGGAGAUAUUGUACUUAUGAAGGAGGCUCAAGUUAAGAGAAAUGACUGGCCGAUGGCUCUAGUCACUAAGGUCUUCCCAGGCGAAGAUGAAAAGGUCAGGAAAAUUGAAAUCAAGGUCACCAAGGAUGGGAAGUGUAAAACUUAUCUGAGACCUGUAUCCCAAGUGAUUCUUCUUCUGUCAUCAGAAGAACAGAAUGAAUAAUGUUCUACAGAACUGUUGCAUUGUUAGUAGUGGUAUUUCUAAAAUACCAGACGGGGAGUGUUCUGACUAUUUAUGUAGUAAUUUAAUUUUGGUUUUAUUUAAUUGGUUAAGAUGCAUCAUGUGACUUAGGUUAGAGGUCGUGGUGGCCAUCUUAGUUUUCACUUCUCCACAGCAGUGAUGCAGCAGCAGAUGUCUCUCUGAUAAAAGAUAUAUUCUUCUGUUAUUUCAUGCCAAAGAGGCCAUCGUCUGUAAGUGUUUAUUUAAUAUCAUCCAUGUUAAUAAAAAAGAGUAUUUCAUAAGGAUUUAAGAAAACAUUUGCUGUACAUUUUCAAAGAAGACUAUUGUUAUCUUUCUUACUAUUUACUUUUAUUCAUACUUAAUACUUAAUGUACGUUUUCUGUUUGUAUUGUAGUUUCACAAAAAAUGUACGUUGUGGGAAAGAAGAUUUCUAAGUAAAACACCGAAAAAGAACCUUUUUUGGUUUCGACUUUUUCUUCAACCCUCAUCCUGUUUAACUAUCUGUUGAGGUGCAACAUACUUGCAUCAGGGACAGAAUACUAGUCUAGUGUAUUUUAUCUCUUAUCUAUUACCCACAGUAGAUGGCGGUAAUGCUCUUUUUAAGAAUGCGAACCGCCAAAUAAGCACAAAGAAGAAGAAGAAGAAGAAGAAGUCGUCAUUCAGACAAACAAACUUCACUGAGAAGACACUCCAAGUUCACUUGUAGGUUCAGUCCAAAGACGCCAAUGGUCAGUGAAAUGUUUUAUUUACUUUCAUGGUGUU